CAGAUUUGGUGCCAAUUAUGUUGACCAACAGUAAUGCAUUUAAAAUAUGAAACGCUGUUUCAGUGUAUAACUCCCCUCACAGAGGAAGAGAAUAAGCUUCGUAUUUGCAAUAUGCUCGCUCUGUUGAAUGCAAGAAAAAAGUGCAUGAGGUGAGUCCUUCGUCCGGAGCGGAGAGUGAAUAUGAGAGAAAAGCUGUCGGUUUCAGGACCUGCCAUGAAUGGAAAGCUCCCUUUCAAUCCUGGCCAUACUACGUCAACAUCUAUGCGGAAACCAGAGAUGGCUGUGAACACGGCUCCUCAACAGCCACCUGAGAUUCCGAUGAAUCUUAUGGAUAGCAUUUCAUGUAUCCUUGAGAAAGGAUUGGAGGGAAGAUGAGCAAUACACUAUGGAGAAGGGAGCGACCAGCUCUGUAACUCUCACCAGAAAAAGCCGUCUCGUGGCUUUGUGGGACAGAGAGGCUAAGACAUCUCCUAGAAAAAACGCAAAAAGCGGACAAUUACUAGUGCUGAUCAUUCGGGGGACUGAACUGGGACAACUGUGAGGAACAUGUCUCAGUCCGGGAAAAUCCUCCACCUGUAUGUGGAAGUACGAUCUGUCCCUGAGGAGGAAGGCAAGGAGCUAGGGAACACGGAGAGCUCGGACCCCCUGAUGCUCCAGGGCCCGGAUGUUCUUCCUCAGUCUCAGCGGACGUCCAGCAGGCCCACCCCCACCCCUGCCGCCAGCCCGAGCGUGUCCCUGGGGGGGCCGCAGAGAGAUGGGGGCAGCUGCCAGAGCCUCCCCAGCUCCAAGUCCUCCUCAAGGCACUCUGUCAGUUUCCACCUUCACCCUACCGACGACACAGGGCCUCCCGCCCUGCACCACAGACAGAGCCUGCCCUACGACCGGAUAGAUCAACUGCUCCAGACCCUCCAGCAGGGGCGCAAUAGGCAUGGAACUUUGGUCCGGGCGCGUUCCACAGACAUCGAGAACUUCAGGGGGAGGGUGCCCCACUCCCCUGCCUCCGCGGGGAGGAUUACGGCCCCCUCCACCCCCACGAGUGGGCGAAGGUCCUGCGACACUUCCGGGAUGGGGAGCGACAAAGGGAAGCGAUCGACGGUGACCUUCAGCUACAUAGAGAAAGCCAGUAUUAAGAAUGUGGAUAACCCUCAUGGUUCUGUGUGCCAAAGCCAGCCUGAAAACCCCUUUUACAGAACCAUGGAGGAGACCCCACUGCCUGUCCACCUCCGCAAAAGGCUCAGUGACCCGGUGUGCUCGGACAGGUGGCCCCCCUCAGGUAGCUCCAGUCCCAAACUCUCCUGCCAGACCUCCGGGAGGUCCCCCAGGGACUCCCCUUGCCUCCGGAGGACCACCUUGGAAUCUGUAGGCCGCGAGGCCACACAGAGGGCUGUGGCAGAAUUUGGCUCUCCAGAACUGAAGCGCAGACUGGCGGCCUACAGCCAAGACCGGAGUCCAGACCGCAGCCCCAGUCUACCACGGUACUACCUGUCACCCAGAUGCCAGUCCUGGGAUGGGUCACCCACUCUUCCCCAUGGUUCCAGAACGCUACCCUCUAAUCCUCACCCCCUGGACCAAGACAGGAGUAAAUGCUCCACGAACGCCCUGAACGGCUUCCCCAAGAGUCCAGCCUCAGACCAACUGCCUAUUCACUCCAGACACUCCUACCACAGCAUGUCUCCUACCUCCAGUGUCCGCUCCCACGGGCUCCAGAACCAGAAGACGUGGCUAGGGAAUGAGAGCCCCCGCCUGUCCACCAAGUUCCGCCCGCCUUUACCCGCAGGUCGCCCCACAGAUAUCCAGCAUGAGAUACCAGCUACGAUGAUUACCAGCUACCAUGACACUAGCAGCCAGAGGACUAUCCACAAUGGGAACAAUAACUCCCUACCCACCACCAGUCCCCAGAGGUCUAGCUGCAGUUCAAAUGAUGGCCUACAUCGAGCCUAUAGGACCCCAAGAACCAGCCACAAUGCUAACGAUAACUCUAGUCAUGCUGCCAGUCCUCUGAAGAUGAACCACAUUGCUAAUGAUGGCACUUGUCAAACCUCUAAUAACAUGAGAACCAGCCACAAAGCUAACGAUAGCCCACUGUCCUCCCCCAAGGUUAGUCAUAAACAGUCAGGUUCCACAAGUCCAACUUGUGGACGAAAAAUAGUUUCCUUAGCAACUAGUCCUGAAAUGGCUCGGAAGUUAGCAGAGGAAGCCACAAAGCUUUCCGUUGUAAUGGGGGCUAGAAGAUCUCCCUCACCUACCCCCUCUCAGCCUGAGUCUGCCAGGUCGGAGAGCUCCAGAUCAGGUUGUUUUCUCACCCCGGAGUCCCAGCCUUAUGCCUCCCUCCAUGGGCAGGGCUUCCCCGACCGCCCUGGGGAAACUACCACCCAGGAAUGCAACUGGUCCGACAGGGACUCUCUGAGAACUGGCUCCCACUCUAGACCAGGACAGGUCUCUCCUCUAUUAUCCCCAAAAUGUACCUUGUCUCCAGCCUCGCCAGCCAGGCUCCACCGAGUGGUGGCUUCCCACUCCCCCAUCCCGGACCCUCGACUACAGGGAGGCAUUCUGCAGGGUAAGGGCAGUCCUACCUUGCACCGCCACCUCCCCCCUCAGUUCAUGGGUGAGAAGGGAUCCCCAGGGCCGGAGAGGAGACAGUAUGACGCACGCUCCGACAGAGGGGGGCCGCACAACCCUGAACCUGUCCGGUGGUCGCUAACGGGUCCCAGCACGGAGGCGGCUGCCAUCUGGACCUCCAAGCAUCAGCAGUGGAUGGAGGAUGAGUCGAUCGUGGAACGGGACGAGUCCCAUACGGAGAAGGAAAGAUUGUGUCCGCAGACCAAAGAGGACUGCCUUAAGAAGGAUGAUGGAGGAGGGGGGCCUGCGAAGGGGCAUCUGGGGAGCAUCUACAGGGUGCAUGGAGGGAGGGAGCCCAGGGGGGAGCCCAGGGGGGAGCCGCAGGACAACGGUGGGACGUUGGGGUCUUCCCAGAGCUCCAGCGGGGUGACUGGUAGUCUGGGAGACAGCAGUCAGCCUGAGAGAGACUGUAUCUCCCCGGAGAACUCCAGCCAGUCCAGCCAGAAGAGCAACAACACUGGAGACACUGGAGACACUGUAGACACCGGCUCUGGGAUGCAGUCUGACAGCGGUUCCUCCGCUCUGGACCCAUUGUACCGCUCCCAGAAGAUGGCUCGGGCCAAGUGGGAGUUUUUGUUUGGAACCUCUUCAGAGGACGGCCAUGAAGUUAAAGACGUCCCAGAAUCCUCAACAGCGCCCCCCUGUGGCACAUCCUGCGCAUCUCCCACACCAACUCCUCCCUCCUCUGUCCCCCCGAAGCCCACCAAAGUCUGGCAGGGGCAGAACGACGACAGUAAGAAGUUAUCCUUUCAUGAGGUACAGCAGGUGGAGGUGGAGCUAAUAACACCACCUCCAGCCAUCACGGUCGGCACAUUGCCCAAGACUGGCAUCAUCCGGGGAACCGUCAAGUACUCGGAGACGGACCUGGAUGCUGUGCCUCUACGCUGCUACAGAGAGACCGACCUGGAUGAAGUGAUGCUAGCUGAGGAGCAGGCUGAGGCUGAGGCAGCUGCUGAGGCUGAGGCAGCUGCUGAGGCUGAGGCAGGGGAAGAGUUGGAGGUGGACUCUGCGUUCGGCAGUAACCGGAGCGUCCUAGGCACCUCGGCGUCCAGCGCCAGCCCCAUGGAGGGGGCCUUGUACCCCCACACAGACGGGGAGGAAGAGGACCUGGAGGAGGAGGGGGUGGUGAGCUGGGCCAGUGUGAGGAUGCAAGGGGACAAGAAGAGGCAGCACGCUUCCCAGGAGGAGGACCAGGUGUACAGUCGACUACUCAAGGGUCCCCUGAACAAUGUAGCAGAAGCCCUCAAGUCCCCCGUGGCACUGACAAGCCCUCGCAGGAUCUCUGCCGACCAACUGGAUUCCUUUAGCCGCCAUUUUGAGAGUAUCAUCGAGUCUCACCGGGCCAAAGGCACCUCCUACAGCAGCCUGGACAGUGUUGAGCUCCUAGCCUCCAGUGGCCUGCCUGUCUUCACCUUCGACCUCCCCACUCUCACCCCAGAGAUCCAGAGCCAGAUCUGUGAGAGUGCCAGAGCCAUCAUUGAGCUGAGCUUCGCCCCCCUCGCCAAGCCUGACUCCCCUGGCGCGUCGGAGAACUCCCGCUCAGAGCCCUCCCUGGUCUCCUCAGGGGAGGGGUCCAGCAGCCCCUCACUGGGCAGCUUCACCCCUGGACGGAAGGUGAGGGCAGACAGAGAUUGGCGUCGGGCGAAUAAUCGGGAUGGCUGGCGCAAGGCAAACUCUGCCCCCUCGCUCAGGGAGAAGCCGGGCCACCGGGCCCCAGACCCCUUCCCCCAGCAGGAUGUCGGAGAGCGCCUGGCCCAAGCCAGUUCAGAGACCCUGACCAAUGGGAACAAGGCCGACCUGCAGGCGGCCAAACGCCUCGCCAAACGCCUCUACAACCUGGACGGCUUCAGGAAGUCUGACGUGGCUAGACACCUCAGCAAGAAUAAUGAAUUCAGCAAAAUGGUAGCAGAGGAGUAUCUCCGUUACUUCAACUUCACAGGACUAACUAUUGACCAGGCCCUCAGAGCUUUCUUAAAGGAGUUUGCCCUCAUGGGAGAGACACAGGAGAGAGAGCGAGUCCUGUCCCAUUUCUCAAGCAGAUACCUUCAAUGCAACCCCAACGCAAUACCAUCUGAAGACAGCGUGCACACUCUGACUUGUGCGUUGAUGCUGCUCAACACAGACUUGCAUGGGCAUAACAUCGGGAAGAAGAUGUCCUGCCUUCAGUUCUUCACCAACCUGGAAGGGCUGAACGAUGGAAAGGAUUUCCCCAAAGAACUUCUCAAGGCCUUAUACAACUCCAUCAAGAAUGAGAAGCUCCAGUGGACCAUUGAUGAAGAGGAGCUCCGGAAGUCCUUCUCUGAGUUGGCCGACGUGCGUACCGACUCCGCCUCCCACACGAUGAGGCGAGUCGGCAGCGGGGGGAACUCCCUGGUGGGCGUGGCCCAGCAGUCCGACGCCGUUCUCUAUAAGAGCGGCUUCCUGGUGAGGAAGGUCCAUGCAGACUCUGACGGCAAGAAAACUCCGCGGGGUAGGAGAGGAUGGAAAACCUUCUACCUCACACUAAAGGGACUAGUCCUUUACCUACAAAAGGGGGAGUACUCGCCGGACAGGCAGCUGACAGACGAGGACCUGAAGAACGCCGUUUCCAUCCACCACUCUCUGGCCAUGAGGGCUACCGACUACAGCAAGAGGCCCAACGUCUUCUACCUGCGCACUGCAGACUGGAGGGUGUUCCUCUUCCAGGCUCCUAAUGCCGAGCAGAUGCAGUCCUGGAUCACGCGCAUUAACAUCGUGGCGGCCAUGUUCUCAGCACCACCUUUCCCAGCAGCCAUUGGUUCCCAGAAGAGGUUCAGUCGCCCGCUGCUGCCCGGCUCCAAAACAAAGCUCUCCCAGGAGGAACAGGGAAAAUCUCACGAGACACGUUUCCGAGCCAUCUCCUCUGAGCUGACUGAAUUAACCGACGUCCCUCUCGACAAGAAGGUCAAAGGUCGAGAGCUGGAGGAACACAAACAACGUGGGGAGUACCUGGCGUUUGAGAAAACACGGUAUGGGACGUACGCCAUGUUACUGAGAGCCAAGAUCCGCAGCGGGGAAGAAGACCUGUCUGCCUUCGAGGCUCAGCUCUUUGACGAAGGGGUUCUCCAGAGGGCCCACUCCAUGCCCACGGUGGCCCAGCGGAGCAGCGGCAGCCAGGCUAGCAGCACCAGGGAGGGGACCAGUAGAGCCAGCUCCAGUGCUACCAACGCUGCCUCCGGAGGGAGCUCCAAGAAGGGCAGUAAGCGUUCAGACCCCCAGAGACACAGCAGCUACAAACAGGCUGUGAAGCAGUAAGACUGGCGUGGAGGGUGUGUUUGUGUGUGUGUGUGUGUGUGUGUGUGUGGGAGUCAGGGGAGGACAGGCUGGUACAGUAUGAUGUAUGUACUGGAGACUGUGGUGUGCAAGGGGGUUAGGCCCCUCCAGUUCCCUGUACAAGUCUUUUCUGAGUCCCAUGACUUGUAAAUGAGAUGGAGGGAGGGAGGGUGUACAGUAUGGAGGGCCUACUGCAUGCUUCUCGUCUCUGAAAUCACUUGCACUUGGUGGCACAGAACAGUGCAGGCAUGGGAAUAAUGAACAUCAAUCUGUCCCCUUGGUCUGCCACAUGUGACUUCGGUCUCGUCAUGAAUACAGUAUGUAUCUAAAAUAUUCUGCUGGAAUACUCUUUUGGACCAAAUUAUUGUGUAUAGCAUAAACGGAAAUAUGAAUUUAUUUUGAAAGUUGUUGAAGUUCCGCGGGGUAACACAGGAUGGAAGAUCUUGUUUUGUCCAAAUAUAGUGAAGUAGUUCAAUACAUUUGUAUAUAAAAGCUUUACAGACCCACCUCUGUCAACUAUAUUAGACACUGAGUUGCCGUGCCGACAGGGUCUGACAGACAGAGCCAGAGCUGCAUCGGCCUGUCAAACUGUUGCCAUGGAGACUAAGCUGAGCCCAUUUCCGUGUCAGAAACCUGAAUAAACCAGCAUGCCAGGACCUCACCCACCCACAAUGCAUCUGCGAGGCCCUAGAACAAAACUUUCACCAGACAGCAUGUUGCAAGUGAACUAGACAGAGUACACGUGCAUUUUAGUUUUGUUACAGUGACCAUUCUCUUGGUUAAUGUCAUUUAUAAAAAAUGUACUUUACACAAUAAUUAAUUUUGGAGUGGUUAGUCACUCCACUGAACAGAUAAUAAUUAAUAGAUGAACCACACGUGUUAUCAGUUGGAUUCAUCACAGAGGGUCGCAAACAACAUCAAAGACUCUUGAGUUAGAAUACAUUCAAAGGCUUGGAAGGGAAAAAACAAAAAAGUCUUCUUUUUUUUAAUUACCUACUUCAAAGUAUGGUUUCAUUUUUGCAAUAGCUUAUUUGACAGAUUACACACCGUUCUAUAUUUGACUACUGGAAAAAAAAUGGGUUAACUAAAGGAAAUGACACAUGGUGGUUGACUGAAUGUUAGCAUCACGUUUGCGGCCCAAGGGAAUGCACAUAAUCAGUGAACAGAACAGUCCUGAGUGUUGAAAUAGCAUUGCCUACACAUCCAAUAUAAUGUUUUUAUACAUUAAUGUAAAUGGCCAAGAAUACCAUCCACCUACAAUAAAAUAUUACAAUACAAUGCUAUACUACAGGAGAAGGAUGGUUUCGGGAGUUUGGGGCUAUUUGACUGGAUGUGGGUCGACAGCAACAGUGAAGGUCUUUUACUAUAAGUACAACUGUUGUAAUACAUAAUCAAUUAGUCCAAAUAUACUCCACCUCCGAGUUGGCUCCCAACAUGGUAAGAAAAACAAGUGAAGGAAACUACUGUCUGUGCAGCAUUGGCAAGCACUGUAACUCCACAGGGACCAGGCUGGUGUGAUACAGGCUGCCAUGCAGACAGUAAGAAGCACUGCUGUCUGUCUUCUACAAAUGGUGUAAAUAUACUCAUUCUACAGAGCCAUAGACAGUAGACCAAGAGGUUCCAGGGCACUCCUAAAUACAAUCGGUCGGUUCAAUCUCACGGAGCACAGGGGAUGCACUAGUGUGUUGAAUAAGUGGAUACGCUUCAUCCCCUGUGCACUUUAAUGUUAGGACAGAGCUGUGUGGCGACAGAGCUGUGUGGCGAGAGGUUUAAACUAUCUAUUUUUUUGUGCUGUCAGUCUAGAAUAGCAUUUUUCUGUAUGUAUUCCACUUAAUUGUGUUUCUGUACAUGAUUCUAUAGAUCUGCUCCAUCAUUAUGUACCUUGUUUUUAUCACCCUCCAUGGUUAGGCUGUACAUACUGUCAAUAAUACGGUGGGAUGUUUCUCUCAAAUAUAUACUAAAUGGUUUGUAUCUUUUGGAGGCAUAGAAGAAAAAUAAACACAUUUUGAAAGCA